GCUAAGUUUUGUUUUGACGAGGCUCGACCUCGGGUGGAGUCGGAAUUCAAUUUUUUUAAAGAGUUUUCCCAUUUAAUUAUAAUUUGAAAACAAUGGGAAACUUUUUCGGAAGAAGUAAAAAAGUCUCCAGGGUCACUGAGCACGACAAAGCAGUUCUUCAAGUGAAACAGCAGAGGGACAAACUAAAACAGUACCAGAAACGCAUAGAAAAUAAAUUGGAAUCGGAAAGAUUAAUUGCUAAGAAAUUAUUGAAUUCUGGACAAAGAGAGAGGGCAAAACUAAUGCUCAAGAAAAAACGUUAUCAAGAAAACUUACUGGCAAAAACUGACGGCCAAUUAGAAAACCUUGAAAAUUUGAUUCACGAUCUUGAAUUUUCUCAAGUAGAAUUGAGGGUUUUGGAUGGCCUCAAAGUUGGAAAUGAAGCCUUGAAGAGCUUGAACGCAUUGCUAAAUAUUGAUGAAAUUGAGAGGAUAAUGGAUGAAACGAAUGAAGGCUAUGAAAAACAACAGGAAAUAAAUGAAAUAUUGUCUGGAAAACUAUCCAACGAUGAUAUGGAGGAUAUCGAGAAGGAAUUCAACGAGCUAAUGGUGCUUGAAGACAGCGAAAAGGAGAAAUCCAUGAUCCUACCUGACGUUCCUAUCCAUGAGCCGAAUCUACCGGCUGAAAAAAUCAAGCCGUCUCCUAUCAAGGAAAAACCAAAGAAAAUGGCCAUGGAGGCGUCUUAAUCCUCAUUAAACUCGGCCUAGGAUAAUUCUUUAAAGCCAAUGGUAAAAGUGCAAUUAUAUAUUUGUAUUAUAUUUAUUUUUGUAAAUUUGCUACACUUGUUUAGCCAGAACAUUUUUCAAUUGUAAAUA